GAAAUUCGCGCCCCCCUUGUUGAAAAUUCAAGAUCGGUGGUUCUGAAAUCGUGAGAAGCGGAAAAUGAAAUAUUGAGAUGUACUGAAUGAGCUCAAACACGAUCUUAAUACCCCCUGUGGAUUUAGUAGGAGACUAUUGAAUUGUAAUUGCGUCUUGAUCUGAAUGCAGAAGCACUUGACGGUCACGGUUUACGGUGCAUCUUUUGGAAACAAAGUGAUAGGAUCAUCAUCGUUCUUGCUUUGCCUGAUGUGUGUUGCGGAGAACUAAUGCUCGGUCAAACGGGAACAAUACUCGGUACGAGGUCAAAAUCUCAUGAGGAUAAGAUCAAGAGCACGAUAGUGUAUGAUGAAGGGACGAGGACGACUGAUUGACGACCACCACACUACUUUAAGAAAAACAGAGGCACGAACAUCAGGCCCCCGAUCGUUAAAGUGAUUCAUUCCGCAGUAGUUAAGUCUUGAGAACAUCGCAAAGCGCGACCGUUUUUACCUAGCUCAGACUCAUGUUAAAGUAGAAGCGUUAUCUCUAAAUUUAACGACGCCUCGGGUUUUCUUCUGACAACCGUAGCAUCCUGUAUAAUUGAACUAUUUCUACAAAGUUGCCUUUUACCACACUUUUUUGGCAAGUAAGUCUCGAAAAGUUCCCUCUUCUUUAUUACUUGUGACAACACAACAACUUCUGCCUUUGCGGCCACAGGCACGUUCGCAGCAAGGCCCAUCUCAAAGGCGUGCGUGAUUGACUUAUUGCUUCAAGUUUGCCGCAUUCGACUGCAGGGCAAAACUCCGCAAAAUGUUGCUUUUCCAAUUCCGUGUGGUCGUGUUGCUGCUGCCCAUCUGCAGCCUGUUAUGGUGUCCUAGCGUAAGUGGCCUCCUGAGUGUGCGCCCUUGUGAACAAGCUGGAGAUGGAAGUUUGAUCCGUCGCUUGUCGUGCAAGCGACGCCGGCGCGAGGCAAGCGCCGCCGGGGCAGGGGAGAAUGAGAGCGGCCAUGGGCCUCGUGGAGAAAUUCCAGUUACGUCCAGUCGCAGCCGCUCGCGCUCUUGUCCGCGUCCGGUGACGUCCGCUCGCGGUCCCGCUCUGGUUCUAGAUACGCCCAGUGGCCCCUUUCCCGCGACGAGUAGCGCCUCCCCUUCGCUUGGUCCUGCGCAAGACGAAGACCUUGCUCCUGCCUUGCCGCCCGAUACGUCUGCUCUUUACAGUUGCUUGGAUGUCUGGAGCCCCAGUUUCCCCGGCGUUUGACGGAGUCCGGGCGGUAACGUGGCACGCCUGGACGGUGGCGCAACUGUACGAGCAGGUGGAAACGGUCGUGCGGAACUAUCCAAAUGUGGUCCAAGGUAUCGUCAGCCUUCUGGACGGAAGCCAAUUGCUGGACCGGAGAGAGACCUCCAUUCCGCUCACGGAACUAUUUCCUGCAGACAAACCCAUCUACCUCACCGCCAUGCCCAUUCGGACGACACCGUUUCCCGACAAAUUGACACUCAGCAACGCGAUCGAAUACUGGCUCAGAGACGGCUAUGACAAUGAGGAGAACAGGGCGGGGCGGGAAGAAACCAAGAGCAUAUAUGGGCCUGUGUACAGCUGGAACGUCUCGGGGGUGAGAAGUUUGAGUUAUUUGUUCAGACACCACUGUUACAGGAACCAGGGAAGCUUUGGUACCGCAUUCAUGGUGGACGGUAAUGAGUUUGACAUCUCGAAAUGGUGGACAAAAGGCGUGACAGACAUGUCCUCUGCCUUUUGAAACUGCGCCGACUUUAACCAAGACCUUCGCUGGUGGGACGUGAGUGCUGUAGAGAACAUGAGAGCAAUGUUUUACAAGGCAUACUGAAUUUCAUCAUGCGAAAACGAAAUCGCGGACUCGACAAGUGGAAGUUCGCGACCCCCUUGUUGAAAAUUCCAGAUCGGUGGUGCUGAAAUCGUGAGAAGCUGAAAUAAAUGAAAAUUAAAAUGUACUACAUGAGCUCAAACACGAUCUUAAAACCUCCUGUGAAAUUAGUAGGAGUCUAUUAAAUUGCGUCUUGAUCCCGCAGCGCUUCUCGGUCACGGGUUACGGUGCAUCUUUUGGAAGCGAAGUGAUAGGAUCAUCAUCAUUCUUGCUUUUCCUGACGUGUGUUGCGGAGAACUACUACGCGGUCAAACGAGAACAGUACUCGGUACGAGGUUAAAAUCUCAUGAGGAUAAGAUCAAGAGCACGAUAGUAUAUGAUGAAGCAACGAGGACGACAACGACUGAUUGACGACCACCACACUAAAAAAAAACAGAGACACGAACAUCAGGCCCCCGCUUGUCAAAGUGAUUAACCCCGCUGUAGUCAAGUCUUGAGAACAUCGCAAAGCGCGACCGUUUUUACGUAGCUCAUCGCAGGCUUGUAUGAAUAUGUUGAAGAGUUGAUACAUAAUUCAAAAGUAUUAGCUAUGGAUGCUUUUGUAGAUGUGUAUAGGCGUUUUUUUGUUCGCAUAAGAGUGGGCUUACUUAACUCCAACGGAGGCAGCUCGUCGUUAGAAUGAAUGAGUGAAUCAUCAUGAAAAUAUGAGGUGCUAGCUUUUCUGUCUGGGAUAACCAAUUAAUGCUGGAAAAUGAUCCCAGGAUUAUUGAAUAUAUGCUCGGCUACGCAGAAAGUUUUCAAGAGAGAAAGAAACUGACGUGGAGGCAAAGACGCGAAGGCGGGCCGCUCAAUUACUUGAGAAGGAAGAAAAAUUGGAAACGUCGUCCUGCUGUAGCCGCACGUGAACGCCAAUGACGGCUCUGGUAACGCAAUGUAUUAAGGCGCUUGAGUAGCGCGUCACAAAACAUAUGAUAUGUUUUCUCGAAAAUGAAAAGUGCAUACCUUUUGCUACGUAUGUGAAGCACGAAUAGGAAAUAGAACAUUAACCCCAACUUGCCAGCGAACAUUUCAGCGCAGCUGUUCACUCAGAUGAAACGAAAGAAAUGUAGUUGCUGGGGCGCGCAUGUUGUUAUUCCCGCACUUCUUCCCCCGUGGUCCUGCCUAUCAGACCGCUCUUUACUGUAGCCGAUGCCGCUUGCUGCUCGUAAGAAACAGCCGCAACUCCCAACAAGCCAAACGAAAUUUGUCUUCUUCUCUAUUUCGGCCCGAGCUAGUAUGCCGGGGGCGCGGGAGCGGGAGGGUAUUCUAAAAGGCCGCCCCCAGCAUAGCAGGAAACAAACAGAAUUUACUUUCCUAUGGAAAGUACUACUAAGCCACUUCGUGUGAAAAUUGGAGGUAGAACUUCUUUUUUUCGCGAGUUUCGCCCCAAGAUUUUGUUUGCCAACUUUUGGCAGCAUCAAGUUUCGCACUUGCUAAAAAAAAAAGCAGGAUGCACGAAGUGAUGUGCCUUCCUCGGUUCGCAGCCGACGACUCUUCACAUCGAAAGACUGUGAUAAAAUUUGAAUGACACGACCCCACUGAAAUAACCCAAAAAAUUCUACAAUCACGUGCUGGACUACAGCAAGACCUACGUCUCCUGGUCGGAGCUGCAUUGUUUGCAAUCGUGAGAAGCGGAAAGAAAAUGUACUUACCAAAAAAGUUCAAACACGAUCUUGAUCUUGAUUAGCUGCAUAUGUCGGACAGAUAGUCGCGCUCGCGCACCAUGAGAGGCGAGUAAAGGGUUGAUCUUGAGUGCAAAAACACCUGUCGGUCACGAUUUACUCUGCAUGUUUUGACAGAAGCUCCUUUUUCUCUGGGAUAACCAAUAAUGAAAAACAAUCCUCGCAUUUUUCGACAUAUGCUUGGCCGCGCAGCAAGUUUUGACCAGACCCGAAACCUGCUGACGGAGGGCGAUCAAAGUUUUGCGGCGCUCCUGGCUGAUCUGACAAAAGAGGAUAUCUGGCGAAAUCCAGGAGUUGUUCGUGGUCGAUCUCCAGAACCUCAAGUCCGAUGGUGGCGGCGCCCGGUAAAUGAUUUGCGUAAUCUAGCCGGGAUUUGAAUGCAGCCGAGGGAGCCAGCGGAGUAACAGAAAUCUUACCGAAAAGGCCCUCCCUUGAUGUUGCAAUAUCGCUGCGGCGCAUGUUGUUAUUCUUAAUGCCGCACUUCUUCCUCCGUUGCCCUGCUCCUGCCUAUCAGACCACUCUAUAUCGUAGCCGAUGGUGCUUGCGGCUCGAAAGAAGCAGCCGCAACUCCCAACAAGCCACACGAAAUUUGUCUUCUUCUCUAUUUCGGCUCGAGCUAUGCCGGGGACGCGGGAGGGUAUUAAACACGGCCCGCCCCAGCUUAGAAGGACAAGGAAACAAAAAGAAAUUACUUUCAUUUCGAAGUAUGGAAAGUACCACUAAGCCACUUCGUGUGAAAAUUGGAGGCAGAGCUCCUUUUUUUUUAUUUGGAAACAGAAUUGCUUUAGGACGGUAUGCGCUUCCUUUUUUUUUAUUUAGGACGGUAUGCGCUGUCUUCGAUGAGCGAGUUUUCUCUCCUUCGGACAUGUAUUUUCGUGCUCGUUUUUGUUUAUGCUCUAUCGGCUUCUCGGUAUCGCUCUCUCGCUCUUCGAUCUCGAUUUACAUGACCCUCGAUCUGUACGUUCUUCGAUCCCUCGAUCUCGAUCUCGAUCUCGAUCUCUCGCCCUCGAUCAUUCGUUUGAUGGGUUUUCUCGGUCUUUUUAGGAUCUUAAAUAUCUAAGAUCCCUACGAUCAUCAACACGUUAGAUCUGUGAGUUCCUUGUUGGUAAACCGGUACCCUUGUCCUCUUGGAACACGAUGUCACAUUUCUAAGCGAGCACUCCCAUCUUGUCCUCAUUAGGUCUACUUCAUCGGGUAGAGAGGCUCAGGAUGGUGAGACGGCAUGGGCUGAAGUGUUGUUCUAGUUUGCGCGCAUAGCUAUUUCUCUACGAGUGAAAACCAAAAGAUAGCUACAAGCGAGGCCAAAAGUUAUCAAAAUCAAAACGUCAGGUACCCUUGAAUGCUCCUCCUCCAAAAAUAAAAAUAGAUAAAAUAGUUCGCAUGCGUGACACCUUUGUAUUCUCCAAAAUUCUCAAAUCUUGACUUUUAUUUGGAAACAGAAGAGAAACUCGGAACGAGUUUCGCCCCAAGAUUUUGUUUGCCAACUUUUGGCAGCAUCACGAUCUUUCACAUCGAAAGAUCGUGAUAAAAUUUGAAUGACGCCCCACUGAAACAACCCAAAAAAUGCUACAAUCACGUGCUGGACUACAGCAAGACCUAC